AUGCUGGAACAUUUCGAAGCAUCAUUUGCAGGCAUGCCGUACGAAGAAACUGCUGAUGACGUUCUGCUACAGCGGCAAAGUUUCGACACUGAUAUAGAUUGGUGCCCAAUCGUUACAGCGCUGGCAAGACGCAGGCCGUUGAAGGAGACCCCUGACGCUACUCUGUGUAGAUACACCCUGAACUGUCGUUGGGACGCAGAUUUGCGGCAGCCCAGUGGAGUAGUUGAAGUAUCUGACCUUGCAGCCUGUAAGCCAGCUGCCGCUGUCCUACGAGCAGCUUGGAGCCUUGUUGUACAGGGCAAGCUUGUAUGCCUUUGUGCUCCUCCUGCCUUCAGGGACAGCGUUCUUUUCAGGCCUUUUGCGGCGGCCGCCGCUGCGAGGCGCGUGACUUUCUGCAUGUAA